AACUCGACUACGGAAUUAGCCUCGAGUAUGGAGCGUCUUGAAGCUCUCGCUGUACUUGAUAAAUUUGCCGCAACACGGCAAAAGAAAUUUGUUCCCACACUUCCUAUUAUUCGAGGUGUAAAUGAUGGAAGUAGUGGUGAUAAGGAAUUAAUUCCAAUUGUUGAGACAGGGAUUGCUCCUGAAGGCCACGGUCAACCCGUAGCGGAGAUCAUACG